CCUUUAACCUUGUUAUAUUUCCCUUUCCAAAAUCAUACCUUUAAUCUCUCCCUCUCUCUCGUUUGUGACCGGUGGUUUUUGUUUUGAUUGUUGAAGCCCAUUUUGCAAUCAUAUUCUGGGAUUUUUUUGCUGAGUCAAAUGACAGCUCCAAACAUAGCGACAAUCGCCGCUUCUCUGGAGAGGUCUCUCCAAAACUGCUCCCUAAACAACCAGCAGAGUGAACACCACAACCGGAGAAGCGGCAACGUCACAGUCGACGGCGAAGGUCAAGGCUCGAGCGUCACUGACGGCGUAUUGGCCGCCAUGGGGAUGCAGGGCAGGUCAUCGUCUUCAACCUCAUCAACCUCGGACGCCACUUUAGAGCUCAACUCCCAUGUCUCCCUUCCAUACCAUUGGGAACAAUGCCUCGACUUAAAGACAGGGGAGAUUUACUACAUAAACUGGAGGAACGGGAUGAAAGUGAAAGAAGAUCCGAGGACAAGAGCAGAGUACAGUGGCGACUUCUACUACUCAGAAGAAGAUGAAAACAGCUCCUAUGACAACGAAGAGUCUUCGACCGACUCGUCGCCAUAUUCGUGCAGAUACGAGCAGCACCAGCAGCAGGUAGAGAAUCACAACAACAACAAUAAUGUGUUAGUAGUGGGUGGCUGCAAAGUCUGUCUCAUGUACUUCAUGGUCCCGAAACAGCUCGAGGACUGCCCCAAAUGCUCCGGUCAACUUCUCCACUUCGAUCGAUCCGAAAAUGGCUCCCCAUGAUCACCACUCACUCACAUUCAUUUUCUCCUUAAUUUCUUAGUUAAUUAUAAUUUGUUCUUAAUCAUGUUUUGGUUUUUUCAAACUUAGAACAAACCCCCUUGUGCUCUAAGAUUAUGAAACUAUAGACAAAUCACAAAAGGGUUUCUAGUUUUUAGUAUUUAGUAAUUUGGUAGUUUAUUUUGUUGAUUGCCUAGCUCCUGUUCUUUAAUUUUAUUUUUUUCUUGUUAAUUAUUUUGGAAUUUUGAGGGAGGCCAUGGGGAGUGGAGGAAGAGAGGAGUCCUACAGUGCCAGCAUAGCACCACAACAAGGUCAAUGGUAGAGCCUAUUAGAGGGAGGAACAGAAAUAAUAUUUGGUAAUGAUUGCGACGUGUAGGUUUCCUUCUCUUUUGUUCCAUUUCCAUGAUAGAUAAUGAUGAAUCCAUGAUGAUCUCUCUUUUAUUUU